AUGUCCAAAUUACCGAAAUGUGAGCAAGAUUUUCAGGAUGAAUAUGAGAGAUGGAAGCGGGAAUCUGCAAGCAUAAAUGAUUACGAGGCAUGCCAGGGGGCUUUCAAAUCGUGGAUUGCACCUUUUCUUGAAGAACGCGAUUUUGGUUAUGCCGCCUUACAGCGGAGGUGCCGCUUGCUGAGUAUCAAACCGGUGCCAGGUCCGAAACCUGAAGGUGAAUCGCAGGCGAGCCUGCCGAGCUACAACGAUGCUUGCAAUGAGGGGAAAAUGGAGGAAGAAAUCGAUCAGCUGAUGGAAGCAUACUGGAUGAGCAAUAGGACCUUGCUUUCAAUGGAGGAAACAAUACCUCUGGCUAGUAAUGCGAUGGAGAUUUACCUCUUCCGGACCUUCAACGAUCGAGAAGGCCGGCCGUACAGUUGGGUCAUGGAUCGUGCGACGUGCGCGGACACUGGUAUCCCGACAAAAAGACGAAAGUCGGUGUAUACGGCCAUUGCACAGCUGAAUGUCCUUGCUGUAUCCAAGUUCUGCACCGCUACCAUCCCCAUCCGCGCCUUCCAACGUCAGCUUUCUAAGGCUGGUCGGGAUGGAAAGACGAGAAGCUGGAAAGUAGGGAAAGUGCAACUCUAG